UCACUGCAUUAGAAAAAAAGACGGAAACGAGAAGUCACGUGAAACUGCUCUGGUCAUGUGAUCAUGUGUACUGAAAAUGGCAGCUACGGGGGAGGAGGCCGCAGCGAUGGACAGCAUCUGUAAAGCACCCGCUCCCCCGACCGACCUCAACCUCACAGUCCAGCCCGAGCCAGAGCCCGAGCCUAGGAAAGAUGCGGCCACAAGCGAUGCGACAGAGACCCCAAAAGUCAAAAGACCUAAUGAGGGAGGUGUGGAGACAGCAGAGGAGGCCACUGAACCCGCUGAACCAGAUAUCAACGAGCUCUGCAGAGACAUGUUUGACAAAAUGGCAGUUUUCUUACAGGGAGAGCUCACUGCCACCUGUGAGGACUACAAACUCCUCGAGAACAUGAACAAACUCACCAGUCUGAAGUACAUGGAGAUGAAGGACAUAUCCAUCAACAUCAGCCGCAAUCUGCAAGAUCUCAAUCAGAAAUAUGCCGGUUUACAGCCUUAUCUGGAUCAGAUUAACCAGAUCGAGGAGCAGGUUACGGCUCUGGAGCAGGCUGCAUAUAAACUAGACACAUAUUCAAAGAAACUAGAGGCCAAGUUUAAGAAACUGGAGAAGCGGUGAAAAUGGCCUUCAGUAUAGUCGUCCUCAAAAUGUUACUCUGAGUUUGUUUGUUUUAUGCACUAAACAAUCUUCAGAAAGAUAUCACACACACACACACACACACAUGUAUGAUACACACUAUGGCAUUGUCAUAGUCUCUAGGUAAUGGACUGUGCAGCAAGACAGCAUUAAUUCCCAUACUGAAUGCUCAUUUAUUGAUCAAAAGAUAUGUUUUGGUUUUGGAAAAUCUGGGCAAGACUGCAAAGAGCAGGAGUAUAAAGUUUGACAUGUGUUCAUACUGACUCCUGAUCUCAAAAUACAUAUUUAAGAUUUCAAAAGGCAUGAAUACAGAUAAACCUGUACAGUGUAUUUAAAAUUGCUUGUUAUAUGUUGUUUAAGACUGUUUAACCAUUAUUUCUGUUUAAGAGUGACUUAAUGACUUUUUGUAUGUUUGCAGUUAGAAAAGUUUAAUUAUUUUCAAAAUCUUAACUAACCUAACUAAAAUGUCAAUUUGUGAGCUUUUGGAAUAAAAAAAAUAAAAAAAAUUUAAAUGCGAA